UACCUUCUAGGUGUAGCUUGAACCUUGUUUUCAUUCCUCCAAGCCUAUAAAUUUCAGUUUGCCGAUCUCACUUACAUAUGGCUAUGCCUCCUUUUAGUAUGACCAUCCCUAUCAAAGAGGACAGCAAGUUGAGAAGAGGGCCAUGGACCCUUGAAGAGGACACUCUCCUAACCCAUUACAUUACUCGUCAUGGAGAAGGUCGUUGGAAUAUGUUGGCCAAAUGUGCAGGUCUCAAGAGAACCGGUAAAAGUUGCAGAUUGAGGUGGCUGAAUUACUUAAAACCCGACAUCAAACGUGGAAACCUGACUCCACAAGAGCAGCUCCUAAUUCUUGAACUUCAUUCCAAGUGGGGAAACAGGUGGUCCAAAAUCGCACAACUUCCGGGAAGAACAGACAACGAGAUCAAGAACUAUUGGAGAACAAGGGUGCAAAAACAGGCAUGCCGACCCAAUGUCGACGACAGCAAGGGCUUCCUCGAAGCGGUUCAAUGUUUACGGAUGCCGGGAUUGCUUCAAAAAGUGGAACAUACUUCUUUGAAGGGGAUGAGCUCCCAAACCUCAGUUCUGUGUGAAUUGUUAAACUGCAUAGACCCUUCAUUGUCAACAAUCAAAAUCCCAGGCAACUCAAACCAUUCCUCUGAAAUUUCGAGAUCGGUGACUUAUCACACAGAUUUCACCAAUGUUUCAGAGGAAACUGACCUAACAAGUCCAAGUAUGUAUGACCAUAUAGUUAACAAAACUUGCAACAUCGGCAGCAGUGGCUAUGACACGGAGGGUUUCAGCCUCGAAUCCGCAUCAGCCGGGGGCUUCUAUGAAGAAAGAAAUUGGAUGUCUGAUGAGAUGAGGGAUGCUUUAUGGAACACUGAUGAGAUGAUGUUCAGAGAGUUGGAAGAGAUUGGAAAAUAGAUAUGAAGAAAGCAUUAUGGUUUAAUGCAGUGCUAUACGAAUCUUUUACAU